UUGAGAAUUAAUGAUCAAUCAUCUUGAAGAAGUAUUCUAACAUUAUUAUAGAAUCGCCAUUAAGAAACUUUGUUUCUCACCUCAUUAUGUUCUCCAUAUGUAAACAAACGCACGAAGCGACUGCGGUGGAGUUUUCACUAACUUGUUAUUUUUUCAAUAAUAAUGAAAAAUCGCUUGUUACUGGUGGAGCUAAUGUCCUCAAGGUAUACCGGCUGAUUCCAGAUGCUGAUCCAAACACUAGAGAUAAGUUUACCACUGUGCGUCCACCCAACAUGAAGCUGGAAUGUAUGGCAUCUUACACCCUGUUCGGAAAUAUGAUGUCAAUGCAAUCGGUGUCACUGGCUGGUUCGCAACGGGAUGCUUUAUUGAUCAGUUUCAAAGAUGCCAAACUUUCGGUCGUGCAGUUCGAUCCUGAUAACUUCGAACUAAAAACCCUGUCAUUGCAUUACUUCGAGGAGGAAGAUAUCAAGGGAGGAUGGACAGGAAACUACCAUACGCCGAUAGUUCGGGUGGAUCCCGAUAACCGUUGCGCUGUAAUGUUGGUCUAUGGACGGAAAUUGGUAGUUCUACCUUUUCGAAAGGACACUUCUUUGGACGAAAUUGAAGUUCAGGAUGUGAAACCAAUGAAAAAAGCUCCUAUGCAGCUGAUAGCUAAGACGCCCAUUCUAGCUUCAUACGUCAUUGAGCUUAAAGAGUCUGAGGAAAGAAUUGACAAUGUAAUUGAUAUUCAAUUUUUACAUGGAUAUUAUGAGCCUACGUUACUGAUACUAUACGAACCGGUUAAAACUUUUCCUGGUCGCAUAGCAGUUCGAUCGGAUACCUGUAUGAUGGUCGCUUUGUCGCUGAAUAUUCAACAAAGAGUACACCCGGUAAUUUGGACGGUGAACAGUUUGCCAUUCGAUUGUCUGCAAGCUGUUACUAUCAGUAAACCAAUCGGAGGUUGCUUAAUUCUGAGCGUUAAUGCUGUAAUUUAUUUGAAUCAAAGUGUUCCACCUUAUGGCGUUAGUUUGAACAGUAUUGCAGAUCACUGCACUAAUUUUCCCUUAAAACCGCAAGAUGGUGUCCGGCUCAGUUUGGAGGCAGCUCAGGUUUGCUUCAUCGAACCGGAGAAACUCGUACUUUCUCUAAAGGGUGGAGAAUUGUAUGUGCUCACGAUGUGUGCAGAUUCGAUGCGUAGCGUUCGCAGUUUUCAUUUCAGUAAGGCGGCUGCCAGUGUGUUGACCAGUUGUAUCUGUGUAGUCGAAGAGGAGUAUCUUUUUCUAGGUUCUCGGCUAGGAAAUUCACUUUUGUUGAGAUUUAAGGAAAAGGACGAGAGCAUGGUCAUAACUAUUGAAGAUAAUGAAGUUACGGAGAAGGAACCGAAACGACAGCGGUUGGAGGAGGAAGAGUUGGAAGUAUACGGCACAGGACAGAAAACGUCUGUUCAAUUGACGAGCUAUAUUUUUGAGGUGUGUGAUAGUAUUUUAAAUAUUGGUCCUAUUGCUCAUAUGGCUGUGGGCGAGCGUACGACUGAGGAAGAGCAGGAUGAAAAUAAAGAUAUUCAAUUUAUCCCGAAUAAGCUAGAUUUGGAGAUUGUGACCAGUAGUGGGCAUGGCAAGAAUGGAGCACUUUGUGUACUACAGAACUCUAUCAAGCCCCAAGUUAUCACUAGUUUUGGAUUGUCGGGAUGUUUAGAUGUGUGGACCGUCGAGGGGGAUAAAGGAGAUGAUAUGCACACAUUCAUGAUUUUGUCUCAGGAAGCAGGGACAAUGGUUCUGCAAACCGGAGACGAAAUCAACGAAAUCGAAAAUACAGGAUUUGCAACAAACGUUCCAACGAUUCAUGUGGGAAAUAUCGGAGCGAAUCGAUUUAUAGUACAAGUGACCACUAAGUCGAUUAGAUUGUUACAAGGAACUCGAUUGUUGCAAAAUAUUCCGAUUGAUUUAGGUUGCCCGCUCGCCGCAGUGUCUAUAGCUGAUCCAUAUGUUUGCGUCAGAUCUUCGGAAGGCCGCGUAAUCACUUUGGCACUUCGUGAAGGUAAAGGUACUCCACGCUUAGCGGUUAAUAAGAAUACAAUCAGCACAACACCGCCCGUACUGGCUAUUAGCGUUUACAAGGAUGCCUCGGGCAUGUUUACUACCAAAUAUGAGGAUUAUUACGACGUGUCAAAAGGAAAUGCUGCUUCUUAUUCUAGUGGAUUUGGAUACAUGAAGCCAGAACCUCAUAUGAAAAUUGAAGACGAAGAAGAUUUACUUUACGGAGAAACAGGCCGCUCCUUUAAGGUGACUUCAAUGGCCGAUAUGGCGAUUGAAACUAAGAAGAAAAAUCCUGACUUCUGGCGUAAAUAUAUGCAACCGAUCAAAACAACCUACUGGUUGUUUGCAGUUCGAGACAAUGGCAAUAUGGAGAUAUAUUCUAUGCCAGAUUUGAAGCUUGUUUAUUUGAUUACAAACGUGGGCAAUGGAAACAAAGUUCUUUCAGAUUCAAUGGAAUUUGUUCCAUUAGUAGGUCAAUCCGGAUCGGAUUCCGAUGUGAUACCGGGAAGUUUCACCAGCCCUUAUGGUUUUAACGUCAGUCUACUGCCAAAGGAAAUUCUGAUGGUACCCCUAGGUCAUUAUGGAACAAGACCUAUGCUUUUUAUUCGGUUGGAAAACGAUUUGCUCGUAUAUCGGGCGUAUCGGUACUCGAAGGGUCAUUUGAAACUGCGCUUCAAGCGAGUGCCCAGCAAUGUCACAUGCCCAAUGUUUCAUGUCAAUCGCCGUCAAACUGUUCCAACUGACCAGGAAGGUGAAAAACCGGACGAAAAGUCAACCAGAAUUUUGUACGAAAAUGUAUCGAUGAUUCGUUAUUUUACUAACGUUUCUGGGUAUAACGGAGUAGCUAUCUGUGGCGAAAAACCGUAUUUCAUAUUUUUAACAUCCCGUGGUGAACUGAGAACUCAUCGCAUGUACGCUAAAACUGUCGUUAAAGGCUUUGCUUCAUUUAACAACGUAAAUUGUCCGAAUGGAUUUUUGUACUUUGAUGAAGAUUAUGAACUGAAAAUUGCUGUGUUACCGGGAUACCUUUCGUACGAUUCUAUCUGGCCGGUGAGGAAAAUUCCUUUGCGCAGUUCUCCCAAACAGAUUGUUUAUCACAAGGAGAACAAAGUUUAUUGCAUCGUUAUGGAUACAGAGGAGAUCUGCAGUAAGUACUAUCGAUUUAACGGGGAGGAUAAGGAACUAACGGAGGAAAACAAAGGUGAACGGUUUCUAUAUCCAAUGGGUCAUACGUUUUCAGUUGUGUUAGUUACACCAUCUGCCUGGGAAAUUGUUCCAGAAACAUCGAUUAAUUUGGAAGAAUGGGAGCAUGUAAUUUCACUAAAAAAUGUCAGUCUGCCGUACGAGGGUGCACGAUCCGGUCUGAAAGAGUAUAUUGCCGUUGGAACCAACUAUAACUAUAGCGAAGAUAUCACAUCACGUGGAAGGUUACUGCUGUACGACAUUAUAGAAGUCGUACCGGAACCGGGAAAACCAUUAACCAAGUACAAAUUCAAGGAAGUUAUUGUGAAAGAACAAAAAGGACCAGUGUCUGCACUCACUCAUGUAGCCGGUUUUCUGGUAGGAGCAGUUGGUCAGAAAGUUUAUCUUUGGCAGUUGAAAGACGAUGAUCUCGUUGGAGUGGCAUUUAUCGAUACACACAUCUACGUGCACCAAAUGAUGUCUAUAAAGUCUCUCAUUUUGGUAGCAGACGUUUACAAAUCAAUCAGUUUAAUUCGUUUCCAAGAGGAGUACCGCACCUUAUCGCUAGUAUCGCGCGAUUAUCAGCCGCUAAACGUAUAUCAGAUAGAGUAUAUUGUCGAUAAUAGUAAUCUUGGCUUUCUGGUAACCGAUGAACAAUGCAACAUCAUUACCUAUAUGUACCAGCCGGAGUCCCGUGAGUCAAUCGGUGGUCAACGUUUGCUGCGAAAGUGUGAUUACCAUGUUGGCCAACAUAUUAACACCAUGUUGCGUGUUCAGUGCGACUACCACGAAAGUGAUGCUUCGAAGCGCAACCUAAACUAUGACUUCAAACACACUACUUAUUUUGCUACUCUGGACGGUGGCGUCGGAUUCGUAUUACCCUUACCAGAGAAAACAUAUCGACGAUUAUUCAUGUUACAGAACGUUCUUCUGACGCAUAGCCCUCAUUUGUGUGGAUUGAAUCCGAAAGCAUUUCGCACAAUCAAAACUGUUCGCAAGGCGAUCAAUCCUGCUCGGUGUGUAGUAGAUGGAAAUCUGAUAUGGACUUUUCUGAGUUUACCUGCUAAUGAGAAGUUGGAGGUAGCAAAAAAGAUCGGUACCCGAAUUGAUGAAAUUUGUGCAGAUUUGAUGGAGAUUGAAGCUGUGACGCAUACCUUCUAAUCUUAAUUUAUUAUACCAUGUAUAAUACAAACAGUAAUAAAUUUAAAAAUUUUUGUUCGAUAGAUGCAAUGACAGUUCUAAGUUUUGUGAAUAUUUAUGUCGCUCAUACACGGUUGCUCUUCAACGCCCGCAUCAACAAAUUCCUGAUAUGGAAUCAAAUCCUCGUACGGCGGAUAGGUCCACAUACUAUCACGUAUUUUUUCUACCUGACGGAAUACGCGGAGCAGAUUUAACCCGGCAAGUUUCUGAAGAUUGUCCCGGGACCAAGCGUCGAACGUGGUUCCAUUUCUGAAGACUCCCGAGCCCAGUAUAUCGAAGAGGUCCGGAUAUUUUGAAACAUCGUCAAGGCCCUCCGGAGUCAUUUCUAUACCAUCAAAGUCACUGCCGAGGCCGAUAUGAUCGGGACCCGUUACGGAUUUGAUGUAGUUCAAAUGGUC